AUGAAGGAUAUGAAGCCAAUAGGCAGUUACUCUAUUUUGGUAGAAUCCAUUGGACCUAAAGCUCAAGAAUUUUUAAUACAUGUACAAUCUUCGAUGUCUAUUGAUGGUCAUUUCGGUGGGUCAAAAGUUAUCAGUUCGGUGACAUCGAAAUUUCAUUGCCUAGAAGAAAAGAGGACAGAAUUCAUUUACGAAAAUGGUCUAUAUGAAAAAACAAUAUUUAUAGGAAUAGAAGAUAAUUGUUAUCAUGUAAAAUUAACACACACUUGUCCAUGUGAUAAAUCUUCGGAAAUUAAAGACUUAUCCUUUUACACUAACAGUAGAUUAAUAAGUGAAGGAGCAAAUAUAUUACUUAUGCGAUAUUUGGCACUUAUAAAUUAUGAAGGAAUAUUAUCUUUUCAAAGCAUUUCUAUAGAUGGAGAUUCCACAGAAUCUAAUUACAUAUGUACUCCUAUUGAAUGUAUGGAAUUAGAUAAUCGUGUAUUAAAUGUUUAUACGAUUGAACGAAAACUAUGUAGAGAAGAUGGAACUGUUCAUACUAUAAGAACAUAUUUAACAGCAAAAGGUAGAAUACUCCGACAUAAUUGGUUAGAUGUGCCAUAUAUUUUGAAAAUUAAUCCAUUAGCAGAUUUAAAUAUUCCAAGUAAAACAAUAAGAAUAGAAACACCAUUAAAAGAUUCUUGGAAUGAAGAUAUUGAAAUGUUUUCUAAAUAUUUAGAUAUAAAAUUUUCCAAAAUCGCUGAAGAAACGGAAUACUUAGCUGAUCACCCGGAAAUAAAACAAUUAAUUGCAGAUUAUAUUCAAAUACUGUUAGUUGUAAAACCAGAAAAUGUGAUAGAUUUUACAAUACAACAUUUUAAAGCAUUUGCAAAAAAUCCAAUGACUUGGGAGACCAGUACAUUGAAAGAAGAUUAUGAUAAUAAUGUAACAUCACAGCUCACAGAAAAGAAGUUGGAUACUUUAUGCAAUAUCUGUGGAUUUUAUGUAGAUUAUACUGCAUUGAAAAAGAUUUGUUCGCAAGAAAUUACAUGUUUUACAGAAGAAAAUCAUGAAAAAAAUUCCAAAGUUAUAAGCUCUAUUGAUUCAAAAAAUUCAAAUGAUUUUACAUCUGAUAUUGAAGAAAAAUUGGAUAUAUCUACUUCAAUAAAUCAUGUGUCUAAUUUUUCUUCACAAUUAAAAAAAACUUGUGAUCAAUAUGAAGCUAUUAUUAAAUUUUAUAACAAAUAUAAAUCUUAUACCAAAUGUUCUGAAUGUUCUAAAAUUUCUAAAAUAUGUACAAAAUGUUCUAUCAUAGAUCAAAUAUUACACAAAUUAAAAGACUAAAUAACUAUAAAUUGUAUUUGAGACAUAUAAACAUUAUUUUCAAUUAAUGCUAAAAUUUACCUGUAUCAUUGUCUGUUAGGAGAUGUAUCUUUUUGGGAGUUACAUAUAACGCAA